CUCAACCACAAGGCCGUCGCCUGCUACCAGAUGAUCUUCCGCCACCUCUUCUACUGCAAGCACGUCGAGAGGCUCCUUUGCAAAGUGUGGCUGUACAACAAGGUGGUGAAGCGGUUCUCGGAGGCGCGGCUGUACGCGGACGCGUUCGCGCUGCGCCAGCGCAUGCUGAGCUGCAUCCAGCACCUGCAGUACUACAUGUGCGUCGAGGUCAUCGAGCCCUCCUGGUGCCAGCUCAUACACAGCCUGGAGAGGGUAGGUGCAUCACACACGUAGCAGACAGCGCAUGCCGAGCUGCAUCCAGCACCUGCAGUACUACAUGUGCGUCGAGGUCAUCGAGCCCUCCUGGUGCCAGCUCAUACACAGCCUGGAGAGGGUAGGUGCAUCACACACGUAGCAGACAGCGCAUGCUGAGCUGCAUCCAGCACCUGCAGUACUACAUGUGCGUCGAGGUCAUCGAGCCCUCCUGGUGCCAGCUCAUACACAGCCUGGAGAGGGUAGGUGCAUCACACACGUAGCAGACAGCGCAUGCCGAGCUGCAUCCAGCACCUGCAGUACUACAUGUGCGUCGAGGUCAUCGAGCCCUCCUGGUGCCAGCUCAUACACAGCCUGGAGAGGGUAGGUGCAUCACACACGUAGCAGACAGCGCAUGCCGAGCUGCAUCCAGCACCUGCAGUACUACAUGUGCGUCGAGGUCAUCGAGCCCUCCUGGUGCCAGCUCAUACACAGCCUGGAGAGGGUAGGUGCAUCACACACGUAGCAGACAGCGCAUGCUGAGCUGCAUCCAGCACCUGCAGUACUACAUGUGCGUCGAGGUCAUCGAGCCCUCCUGGUGCCAGCUCAUACACAGCCUGGAGAGGGUAGGUGCAUCACACACGUAGCAGACAGCGCAUGCCGAGCUGCAUCCAGCACCUGCAGUA